CUCAGAAAUUGGUAAUACUAGGUUUCUCUGGAACAGAAGAUGGGACAGGACCAAGGCUGAAACAAUAAUGAUUUGAAAGCUAAGAAGCAAUUAAACCCCCUCUUCUAUUCCACGCCGUAGGGUGACUGCUCACCCAUCUCUGCAAAAGUCAGAAGGCUUAUUUUUUGGCAAGGAUCUCAGGACUGGAGAUUCCAGUUAAGGUCAGGGUACCAUACUGAAAACAGAUGAACCUCCAUAUGCUGAAUGCUAAACCCCCAGCAGCCCUCUUCUCCACUAGGUUCUCAGAACAAUGGCAGCUAGGUCACUACUCUCAAGCCAAAGACUGAAAGAGUCUCUUCCGAGGGAUCUGAUCAGCCUGAGAGAAAAGACCUACAGAUACUGACAGAGUUUGCAACAAAUAGUCUAGCCAGAGCAUCCUACAAUGACGCCCACCCACAGCUCAAAGCCUCCAAUGAGCCUUUUUAGUCUCCUACUCAUAAACAUGAGCAGUCAAAGAUUACAGACAUCUGAGGAAAGCCUCGAAUGGAAACACUGAAGAGUCUGGCCUGACUCAGACUGUGCAGCGCCACGUGGAUCCUGAAGCCCAGCAGAAGACGGUCAAGUGUGCUGUGCAGGACUACCGCUAUAAGAGUUCCAUACCAGGCCACCCCUACUUGCCUGAGAAAUACUGGCUGUCUCAAGAGGAAGACAAAUGCAACCCAAACCACCUGUGCGGUAACCAGUACAAUACAUGGAAGAUGGGACCUUACAACUGUACGGGCUGGAACAAAUGUGCCACAUACCUUCCUCGCCUGCCUAAGGAGGCCGGGAUGGAGACAGUAGUUCGAGGAAUGCCCUUGGUGUACCCUCCUAAGCCGGAGCGACUCAACGCCUACGAGCGCGAGGUAGUGGUGAACAUGCUGAACUCGCUGUCACGGAACAAGCCGCUGCCAGAGAUCACGCCCCGCUGUGGGUGUGUGGACCCGCUGCCGGGCCGCCUGCCCUGCCAGGGUUAUGAAAGCGCUUGCUCGGGCCGCCACUGUCUGCUUGGCAUGGACUACUGCGUCGCCGGGCCACCAUGCACCGAACGUCGCCUGCGGCUUUUGCGCACGGAGCGGCCGACUGCAAGGAGUGUAUCGCCCUGCAAGCACCGGCCGGGAAUGCAAUGUGCUGUUAUAACUCCCCCGCCGUCAUACUACCCUUGUCCGAACCUUAGAUGGGACACAAGUCACUUCAAGAAGACCGGUGGCGCCCAGAGAAACAACUACGUCGUCCACCCUGAGUUUGUGUCUGAGACCUAUCCUGACUACCACUGCCGGUAGAGCCCGGGCUGGCCGGGCCAAGGGGGCUGAACAAUAAAUAAAUUCUUCAUCCUAAA